AUGCCCUCUGCCAUCUCCAACGACACCGAGGCCAACAUUGUUGGCGGCAACGCCCAGGCCCGCCCUCGCCUGAGCAAGCCUCUGGUCUACUCCGGCACCCUUGAUAACUACAAGAACGCCGACAUCACCCCUGUCAUUGGCCGGGAGUACGAGGGCCUCCAGGUCGUCGAUCUCCUCAAGGCCGAUGACCAGGUCAUCAAGGACUUGGCCGUCACCAUCUCCCAACGCGGCGUCGUCUUCCUCAGAGACCAGGAUGUGACCCCAACUCAGAUGAAGGAGUUUUGCCUCCGCCUGACAGAGCUUGCUGGAUGUGUAAGUCGCGCCAUCCGACGAACCACCGUCUCCAUAUCAAACGGGGGCCAGACUAACCCGGCAGAACAGCCCGAAUCAUCAGGUCUUCACAUCCACCCCCUGACGGAGGAGGGUAGCGAGCUCGGUGACCAGAUUAGCGUCAUCAGCAGCGAGAAGCAGAAGAAGGGCGGCGGUCUCACUCACCAAUUGAGCGAUGUCAGCCGAUUCGCCAGCGCCGGCUGGCACACCGACAUCUCUUUCGAGCAAGUCCCCUCGGACUACGCCAUGCUCAAGAUCCACACCCUGCCCACGACGGGCGGUGACACUCUGUGGGCUUCUGGAUAUGAGAUCUACGACAGACUCUCCCCUGCCAUGCAGAAGUUCCUGGAAGGGCUGACUGCCACCCACGACGCCACCUUCUUCCACGACGAGGCCACAAGGCUCGGCAACCCACUCCGUGAGGGCAUCCGAGGCUCGCCGCUGAACAAGGGCGGCGACCUCAAGUCCAUCCACCCCGUCAUCCGGACCAACCCCGUCACCGGAUGGAAGUCCGUCUACGUGAACAAGGGCUUCACCAAGCGCAUCAACGGCGUCACAAAGGACGAGUCCGACAUUCUCCUCAACUACCUCUUCAACCUCGUCACCCAGAACCACGACGCCCAGGUCCGCUUCAAGUGGCGCAAGAACGACCUCGCCAUCUGGGACAACAGGAGCAUGUGGCACUGCGCCACGUACGACUACGUCGAGGCCAGGGCGGGCGACCGUGUGGCGUCGCUGGGAGAGGCUCCCUAUCUUGACCUCAACAGCACCGGAAGAAGGGAGGCUUUGGGACUGUAG